UCUUCAGUCAUGAACCGCGCGUCGAAGUUGCGGUAGGAUAGUUGCUCCGCCGGCAAGAGCUGUCUCUUGAUUUCGUAUUCUGAUCUUAGCAAUUUUUUGCAAAGCAUCGGUCGCUUUCGUGUUUCUUUCCCUACACUGUAUACAGUAAUUUAAGUGUUUUUGCCCAGUUUCGCAGAUUGUGGGGGAAUUGAAAAAUGUCGGUUGCGAUUCGGGCCAGGCGGUUUUGUUUACGUUCAGUUUGUUUACUGUUUACUUGUCAAGUUUAAGUGACCGGCUCCUCAGCUGCAGCAGGGGCGCAGGACUUACUUGGUUCUUGAUUCACUUCACAACUUUAGACUUGCAUUCAAAGCAUUCUGGCGGCUCGACGAACCGACUCGAUUGGACCGAGAACACCGAACACAACCGUAGUUUCAGUCACCUUGACUCCGUCUCAAGGAUCACAGGACUCGAAACUUGAUGCAGAUCUCGGCAAGCCUCUGGACAUCGCUGCGCCAGUGAGAUUCAGCGCCUUUUCUUCAAACUAUUCGCAACACGCAGGAGUUGUCCUCCUCCACACCUAUCUUUUCAACUCCGAUAACCUCGUGCUUCCCAAAACAAAUGAGUCGGUAGGGUUGACAGUCCCAUUAGAUUUUUUUUAAGUGCGGUUGAACGCUGAACAAAAUCGUUACCUACUUACUCUAAGUGCGUUUUUUUUAUCCUUUUUUUUCAACAUUUUGUAGAAGUGUUUUCCGAUCUCGGCAGUGGUGUUUCUCGGCGAGCGACGAAUCGCUAGCAAGUGCGUAUCGUACCACGAAUGAAUUUUGUAAUUUAUAGUUGGACAAUGUGCUGUAUUAGGAUUUCACUGCCUUUGAGGGAGCGAUCUGUUUCGUGUGCGUGGGGUAUUCGAGGCUAAUGCCGAGUCCCUGCGAGAGGGAUUUCAGGCAUGAAGUUCAAGUCCCUGUUUCGGCGGGGGCACGGGUCGAGUUCCGCGCGAAAUGGCCCGUGCGCGGUGGCUAAAAGUCGGCCCCGGGACCCGGGUCAGGGAGGGCCGGGGGGCGGGGGGGAAGGGGCCGCGGCUCCAAGCGGCGGCUGCGGAGGCCAUCUUGGGCCCACCGUUCCCGUUAGCGCGUCGCUGCAACCCGCUUCUCAGUGUAAACAGUGGGCCCCCUUGCCCGAGUGUCCCCCUUCGAGUUCAAGUGAUGCGUCGACAUCGGCUACGGCCAGCAUGGAGUUAGACGCUCUUCGCACCGAAUUGACCAACAUGAUCCGCGAGAAAAGCGAUCUCGAGGACAAAGUUCAGGAGCUGAUAAGAUGUCACGGGGAACUCAACGCUCUCCGGGAGGAAGUCUCCAAAUUGAAGGAACAACGUCAUGAAGCAGAGCAGGGCCUUUUGGCACGCCUCAAUGAUGUGAAUCUAUCACCCCUGUCUGACAGUGAAAAAGAAGAAUUACUAUUAUGCACACCAAAUAAUCGACAUGCCAACUCUGCUCCAGCAUCUAUUGCACCAGCAAACGGCGAGAGCACAGAGAUGCUGGACCCUGGAGAUUGGGACAAACAUUCAAGCAGCAGUGUCAGUGAAGUCUCAGUGGCAUGUCUUCAAGACAGGAUCAUCCAAAUGGAAGAAACCCAUUAUAGUACAAAUGAAGAACUUCAAGCAACCUUGCAAGAGUUAGCCGAUCUCCAAGUUCAGCUGACAGAGCUUCAAAGUGACAAUGAAAGACUGGGCGAGGAGAAGGGUGUGUUAUUGGAGUCUCUUUGCCGACAAACAGAGCGGCUGGAAGAUGCACGAUCUAAAGUGGAUACCCUCCAAGGACUCCUCCUGGACAAUGCACCUCCCACCUCUGACAGAGAGCAAAAGCUUGUACAGUUACUCAAGAGUGCCCAAGAAGAGAAAGAAAUGCUUCUGGUGAAGCAAGGAGAGCUAUCCAACGAGGUAAAAGAAUUACGAAGGAACGCUGAGCUAGUAGAAAAAGAAUCUGGGCGCCUGGAGGAACGGGUGCGACUCCUCGAGUCAACAGUAGAUGCAACUCAUGCUGAACGCAAGCAGCUUGACCAAGAGCUCGCUCUAGCCAAAGAAGAAAGUUCUUCAAGACAUAUUGAGAUCAGCAGACUGACAACACUACUUGACAAUGCCCGUGCCAAGAUCGAAGAAUUGGAGGCAGUUCGUGAUAAGUUAGGUGAUAAAUCUGAACUAGAUGAGCUUCUAGAUAACGCUCGGAAGGAAAAAGACAUACUAGAAAGUCAAACAGCUUCCCUUCAGGAGCAGCUCUCAAGGAGUCAGUGCGAAGUCAAUCGUCUGAAAGAACAGCUUAAUCACUUGCAAGAAGAGUGGAAGGUGAGUCGAAACAACGCCAAGUCUGCCCUCAGCAACCUACAGUUCGAAUUCGACAAAGAGAAAUCGGAGAACGAAAAACUGACUCACGAGUUGCAGGUAUUGCAGGAGAACCUUUCGGAACUUCAGAUGCAGUGUCAGUGCCACUUGGAUGACAAGCGCCAGCUCAAGGCCAUGCUGUCCGAGACGCAAAAGCAGGUCUCAGAAUUUGAAGAUAAACUAAACCAAACGGAGAGAGCACUAAAUGAAGAGAAAAAAUUGCGACAGUUCGAAAUCAGUGAAUGGGAGCAGUUUCAAGCAGACCUUCUGAUGACUGUGCGCGUCGCCAAUGAUAUGAAGACUGAAGCCCAAGUAGAAUUAGAACGACUCGUCAAUGAGAAUAAGCAACUAAGAGAUAAGAAUCAUCAAUUAGACAUUCAAGUUGAUAAGCUCAAAGCCGUAGAAAAACCAACAACACUUCCUCUCAGAUCUGAUAGUACUACUAGCGUUUUAACAACAGUUAUGAAUCAUGAAAUUAGUCGAAGGAGCAAAAUCUCUCGGCAGGACAGUAGGUUAAGUGUGAAAUCUCUCAUUGAGAGUAUAGAGAAUGCAACUAAGCAAGCCAAGACAGGACCAGGUGGGAGCAGAAGUAGUUCAACAUCAAGCCUCAGUAGUUUGACAAGUGGCGGUGGUCAGCCAACUACUCCAACUUCGCCUCUUCUUGAAGCACCUAUGUCUAAAACGCCUCUUAGAGAUCACACUCAGCUGAAUAACAAACAGUCAUCUGGCCGCAAAAGUGUCAUCACCAAUGCUUUAUCAGAUGGUCAUGAAUCUUUAAAGAAUGCAAAGUCUGUUGAAGAUGCAUCGCCCACUGCAUCAAUUCUAGCAGCAUCACGUGGCAUGGAAUUUGUUGCUCGCAGAAAUAGCUGCAAUGAUUUGAGUGAGAGGAAGGAUCCAUUGAGUGUAUUAGUCAAGAAUGGUGGAUCAAAGAGGAACGCGCUACUUAAGUGGUGUCAGAAUAAGACUGCAGGUUAUGGAAACAUCGAUAUUACCAACUUCAGUUCCUCCUGGAAUGACGGUCUAGCUCUGUGUGCCAUCCUUCAUUCAUACUUACCAGACCGGGUGCCUUACCAUACGCUCACACCAAACGAAAAGCGCAGAAACUUCUCAAUAGCCUUUGCUGCAGCUGAGUCUGUCGGCAUUCCCACCACUCUUAACAUAGUUGACAUGAUCCAGCAGGAGAGGCCUGAUUGGAACCAAGUCAUGGCAUAUGUCACUUCUAUUUUCAAACACUUUGAAACUUAGAACUCGAUGAACAUGUUUCCGCAACGAUGUGUGGCGCUUGUUGCUCACUGCCAUACUCGUUAGUCUGUUGUUAGUGCUCUGUUUUCCUAUAAUUAAGUUUAAGUUAAAGCUUUCUGUGAUUAAUGAUGGUUUAUUUUUAGAACUUAACUUUUGAUUUAUAAAUUUAAGGAAAAUACCAGAAUCUUUUGACUCAUUGUGAGUUUCCCGUUAAUAUUUUUUUAACCAGUGAAAGGGAUUUGCCUUUUCUGUUUAAUGUUGAAAGAUAUCUUGGUAUCUCUGAUAUUUUUAAUUGCAGUAUCAUACCAAAAAGAAGAUAAUAAUGGAACCAUUUCCUUUCUUUGUAAAAAAAAAAAACUCCCCUGCUUAAUUUGCAAAUCUCUUCUUGUUAAUGUUGAACUAUUUGGUGUACAUACAGUGCUCAGUCUCAAACUUAAUGUAGCAUAAUCUUGUUUCUUUUUCUCCUUUUUUUCAAUAUUUUGAAUCAAGUAGUUAUUGUUAACUUGAUGUUGUCAUGGUUGACUCUUAUCAUUUUUGGACAUUCUUAUGUUCCUGCAUUUUUCUCCUUUAGUGGCUACGUUCUUUUUUUUUAUCAUUUGUAACUGAAAAGAAAUUUUGAAAGUUUUAGUUGUAUUAAAAACAAGUAUACACUUCUUUUUCCAAAUCAGUAUAAAUUUUCUGAAAUAUUGACAUUUUCACACCUGAAAAAUCAAAAUUUCCAAUUUUUUGCCUCAAACUCAUGAUACUUUUAGACGGUCACCAGACCGUGCCUUACAGAAACUAAUUUUUUCAUUAAAUAUAUUCUAAGUGAUAAAACAUAAUCCAAGUUCUAAUGUGGUCUCAUUAAAUUUUUUUGCAACUGAGGAAUUAAAUGGUAAUUAAAUUGUUGCUGCAUUGUUGUGACAGUCUCACCAUGAUUGUAAAGAAAAUCUUAUUUGUCAAUCAAUAGUUCGUAAUUUUGUAAUAGAGAAAGUUAUAGUAUACGAUUUCAGGCGGAUAUUUACUUCAGAUUUGUCUUUUAGACCCCUAAAUUGUGGUUCUUGAUGUUAAACUGUUUGGCAUCCUUGCAAUUUAUGGUAUUAAUUAACAACUUUUGUUUGUAAGUUAGCGACUUAACUGUAAUAUCUCAGCAACUUGGUAGCAGACAUCGGUAGGCGUACCUUAAAGUUUCUUGAUUGAGGUACUGGAUUUAUGUAGAAGAGUUUCAUCUAAAUAAGUAUGUUUGAAAUUAUAACUGUUUAAUUAAAAUUCAUAGUAUUCACUAAAAUUGAGGGAAGGUGCAUCAGAAAGUGUGUUUACUGUAAAAAUACGAAAGAAAACAUUCCUAAGACAUUUUGUCGUAUCUUUCUUAAGAAAUUUUAAAUUGAGUUCAGUGUCUGUAGAAGGAACUUGAUGAAAUCAUGAUAAUAUGAAUUCAAUGAGCUAUUUCUUCAGUACUUGUUGCUGUUGUAGAAUUUCUUGUCCGUCAUGAACACGAUGACUGUCUUAUCCAAAGAUUUUUGUAUCAAAACCACCUCUCCCCCCCCCCCCCCCUUUUUUUUUUUUCUCCAAAAACCUAGUUUAUAUCAUAGAAUGACAACUUCCAUAAAAGUGUUCUCGUUAAGUGCAGUACCUUAAUCAUAGAUUUAUGCAAAAUGUGAACUUUCGUCACUUUAAAGUGAAAAUACUCAUUUUCGGAAUGGUAGCUGUUCCAGGUCAAAGUUUCCAGGUGUCAGAAAAAAAUAGUUAUUUUCUCCUGACCUACACUUCAUUCUUUUUAUUCUAUAAUUAAUUUUUACUGUUUUUGACUUAAUGUCCGAGCCUCAUCAUUGCCUUGUUGAUGCUGGUAUAAUCUCCUCUGUAAAAGAGCCGUAUUUCAAGAGAAAUGGAGUUCUUGCAUGCAGCAAGAAUUUUCAAUUCAAUCAAUUAUUUAUUUUUACAAUUUUGCAAGAAACACAAAGUUGCUGCUGGUUUUCUGCAAGAUCAGCUCCCUAUCUCAUGAAACAAAUUGCAAUGUUACUUUCCGCUCAUCUGAUAAAAUUUCAAAAUCAAAACUUUGAAACAUUGAAAUUUUUCCUUGGUAAUCAGGUAGACGUAAAGUAGCAUCAGUCAAGAGGUUAACUCUAUUCUGUUAAAAGUAUUCCAAAUAUGCUUUGUCUCCUAAAAGCCUGAAAAGUAUGCAAGUGUGCUCAGGAGCAAUCUUGGCUCAUUCCUGACCUUUCUUAGUACAACUUUUACUUUUAUUACAUUGCCAAAUAUUUAGAGGGCAUAGUUAAAUUUAGCUCAUGUUUAUACGUACAGCCGCCUUUUUCCUAAGAUAGUUUUAAGAUUAUUUUCUCCAUCAAACUUUGGCCAAAUUUGAAAGAAGCUGUGUCCUAUUUGAUUAAAAUUUAUUAAUUAAAAAAUAAAAUAUACAAAUGUUCAAAUUCCGAAUUGUCAAAAACCUCUCUUGGAAGAAUUUCUCACAUAUAAAGCUAGUUCACCAUUGCAGUUUAAAAAAUGCAUAACAUACAGGAGGAUGGUGGGAAUGAAAGUAGACAGAUUAAAUGCUACUUUGAGUCGCAAAUCAACAAGUUACCUACAAUUGAGUUUUUCAGUGUUGUGUCAUCAGAAGUGAAUAUGUGAGUGCUCCAAAAAUAUUUUGCAAAAAUUUACAAAAUGUCGUAAUAUUUCAAGAAAGUUUUAAAAAUAUUUUAGCUUCAUUAGGUAAGUUCCUUUUGGAACAGUAAAAAUUCCAUACAAACCAUUAGACGGACUAGGCCUGUCUGGUUUUGCAUUUAGUGUCAUUGCUUUCGUUUCAAUACACAUUCAAUCCUAGAAGAUUAAAAAUUGCAUUUUUUAUUGCCUCAGAACUGUAUCACAUUCCUUUUCUUAUUUUGAAACUCUACCGAAUCAUUCAAUCUCUCUGAUCUGUGGGCGAUAAUUUUUCAUAAAUUUGUACAAUGCAUAUGGUAGCUCAUUCAGGAAUUAGGUAAUUUUUGCUGCUUCAAGGCUGUUAAGUGACCUUUUAAAAUUUUCCAAUUUGACUGAAAUACUGCUCCACCUUUUUUUUUUUUUUUUUAGAAUUGUACAGAUUCAAGGGCUCUGUUCAAGCAUCUAUAGUUUACUUAAAUAGUUCACCCUAGGGCUUGCUAUCAAAUAUGUUGUUUUUCUUGUUUGUGUGGGUGUCGGUCUUGUGCAACCGCUCUAAAGCCUGCUGUGCGAAAUCUAAGUGAAAAAGAGGAAGAAAAACUGUAUUAAUUCUGGUAGCACUCUCAUAACUUCAACCUAUUCAGCAUGUAGUACUAAUUCUUGAAGUAUGAAAAUUUCAAUUGAAUCAGAUACCUAUAAUCAGACUUGCAAGCCCCAACUUUUUUGUGUGAAAGUGACAUGUAGGAGACACAGAAGUAUUUAAAUUUAAGUGGCUAUUAACGAAGUGUAAAGGAAGAAUCUUUAGCAUUCACCGAGCAAAGUCAUUAUUUUUUUCCAAGUUUAUGUAUUUUGUUAUCCUAUGUACUCUAUUCAGGCUUGAAAACUGAUAUUUUUAGGUUCUUUUGCUCUCCGCCAAGCCUCAGCAAAAGGGAAAAUAUCUCAACCAAAAGGUUAUGCUUCUCAAUGCUUUGUACUAUUUUUGUAUCAUACUUAUGUCAAUAUUUUUUUUUUAAUUAUUAUUUUUUUAUCAUAUUUAUUUUUUUCUCAUGUUAAAAUGUUAUCUUAUUCCUAAAUACUUCUUUUUUCUCCUUUUUUUCUUAUUAUUUUUUUUUUUUGGUGAAAAAUAAAACAGGAUGUAUUUCCUA